GUCCGCUAGCUAGGUAAAAUGUUUUUCCUUUGUGGAGUUUUAGACUGAAUUUCUAAAUAUCUGUGCUGUAGCCAUUUUUAAGGUAGAUCAGAAUAUAAAAUAAGCUUAAGAGAAUGUAGCCUGCCUUCGCAGUAUUCUUCCGAGGCUAGUGGCGUCCACCACGCAGCAUAGUAAAACAAAGGCACAUGUGCUAGCAGGCUCCGCCCCUGCCAUGUGACAAGUGAGUGCUGGGCCGGCUGACUCAGGCGCUCCGUCACGCCGCCUCAGUCUGGAGUCGCACAAUUAUGAAAAAGCAACCUUCCGUUGGAGCUGCAGCCGAAGCGGAUCUCUCCAGCGUCCACCGGGCUUUCCCUUCGAGGCUAACACAGAGCACCGCCGAUAGAUGGAUAAAAGCCACGACGAAGCCCCCCCUGAGUCUCAACGGUGACGAGAAUGUCCCAGAAACCCUGGAUAGAAAGCACUUUCACCAAGAGGGAAUGUGUGUACGUACUUCCAGUGUCAAAGGACCCCCACAGAUGCCUUCCAGGAUGCCAGAUUUGCCAGCAGCUAGUCCGGUGCUGCUGCGGGCGGCUGGUGCGGCAGCAUGUUGGCUUCACAGCCAGCUUGGCCAACAAGUACUCGGAUGUGAAGCUGGGUGAGAGCUCCGGCAGGCCCAGGCCGGAGCUGGAGGAGUGGUCGGUGGAAAAACACACAGAGGCCAGACCCACUGACGCCUAUGGUGUCAUUAACUUCCAGGGAGGCUCGCACUCCUAUAGAGCCAAGUAUGUGCGUUUGUCCCACGACUCUCGUCCGGAGAGCAUCCUGCGGCUAAUGCUGAAGGAGUGGCACAUGGAGCUGCCGAAGAUCCUCAUCUCUGUCCACGGCGGGGUCCAGAACUUUGAUCUGCACCCUCGCAUCAAGCAGGUGGUGGGCAAGGGCCUCAUCAAGGCUGCCGUCACCACGGGCGCCUGGAUUCUCACUGGAGGGGUCAACACAGGUGUAGCAAAGCAUGUCGGUGAAGCUCUCAAAGAGCACAGUUCCAGAUCAUCAAAGAAAAUUUGCACUAUUGGGAUUGCACCCUGGGGAGUCAUUGAAAACAGGAAUGACCUGAUCGGCAGAGACAUCAUCGCUCCGUACCAGACGCUACUCAACCCUCUCAGCAAACUCAACGUUCUGAACAACCUUCACUCCCAUUUCCUCCUGGUGGACGACGGCACGGUGGGCAAGUAUGGCGCGGAGGUCCAGCUGCGACGGGACCUGGAGAAGCACAUCAACCUCCAAAGAAUACAUGCACGUAAGAGCCUCGGCCGUGUAAUUAGGAUCAUUGCUGAAGGUUCGAUGUGGAGCCUGUCUUCUUCUUUUGCAGGUAUUGGUCAGGGUGUUCCUGUAGUGGCGCUUAUCUUCGAGGGUGGUCCCAAUGUGAUCUUGACCGUGCUUGAUUACCUUCAAGAGAGCCCUCCUGUCGCGGUGGUGGUGUGUGAGGGCACGGGCCGAGCUGCUGACAUACUGGCCUAUGUCCACAAGCAGACCGAGGAGGGAGGUGGUCUUCCAGAUGGCGUGGAGGCAGACAUCAUCGCAACCAUCAAGAAAACCUUCAACUUCAGCCAGAGUGACGCCAUCCAUCUUUUUCAGACUCUGAUGGAGUGCAUGAAGAGGAAGGAAUUGAUCACUGUGUUUCACCUCAGCUCAGAGGAGAGCCAGGACAUUGACGUCGCCAUCCUGAGGGCCUUACUCCAAGGCACAAAUGCUUCUGCCUUCGAUCAGCUGGUCCUGACUCUGGCCUGGGACCGUGUGGACAUAGCCAAGAAUCAUGUGUUUGUGUACGGACAGCAGCUCUUGGUUAGCUCCUUGGAGCAAGCCAUGCUGGAUGCACUCAUCAUGGACAGAGUGGACUUUGUCAAAUUGUUGAUCGAAAACGGUGUCAGCAUGCACCGCUUCCUGACAAUCACUCGGCUUGAGGAGCUUUACAACACUAAACAACCUCCCAACAAUCCAACUCUCCUCCACCUGGUUAGAGAUGUAAAGCAGAGUCACCUGCCUCCAAACUACAAGAUCACCUUGAUUGAUGUUGGGCUGGUGAUUGAGUACCUCAUGGGUGGGACUUACAGGUGCAACUACACCAGGAAACGCUUUCGAAUCAUUUACAACAAUCUCCAUGGCAACAGUCGGAGGUCCGGGCGCCACCCAGCCGGUCCAGGCUGUCAUUUGAGGAAAAGUCAUGAGUCAUUCAGCAUGCAGGCCGAUAAGAAGGAGAAGACUAGGCACAACCAUUUCAUCAAGACUGCACAACCGUACAAACCCAAGCUGGAGCCCACCAAAGAGCAGAACAAGAAGCGGGUCAAAGAAGAGAUUGUGGACAUCGACGACCCGGAGACACGGCGCUUUCCCUACCCGUUCAACGAGCUGCUGGUGUGGGCCGUGCUCAUGAAACGGCAGAAAAUGUCGCUGUUCUUCUGGCAGCACGGCGAGGAGAACAUGGCCAAGGCUCUGGUAGCCUGCAAACUCUGCCGCUCGAUGGGCUACGAGGCCAAGAAGAGCGACGUGGUGGACGACACGUCAGAGGAGCUCAAGGAGUACUCCAAUGAGUUUGGCACAUUGGCUGUGGACUUGCUAGAGCAGUCCUUCAGGCAGGAUGAGACCAUGGCCAUGAAGCUGCUCACCUAUGAACUAAAGAACUGGAGUAACUCCACCUGUUUGAAGCUGGCCGUCUCCUCUCACCUGCGACCCUUUGUGGCUCACACCUGCACCCAGCUGCUAUUGUCUGACAUGUGGAUGGGGCGGCUAAACAUGCGCAAGAACUCCUGGUACAAGGUCAUUCUGAGCAUCCUGGUGCCUCCUGCCAUCCUGCUGCUGGAGUACAAGUCCAAAGCUGAGAUGGCUCACAUCCCGCAGAGCCAGGAUGACCACCAGAUGACCAUGGAGGACAGCGAAAACAACUUCCAGAACAUUGCUGACGACAUUCAAAUGGAUGUGUUCAAGGAGGCCAGAUCCUCCGACCCUGCUGAGGCAAAGACUGACAUGGAAACACCCGUACGCUCAAGAAAAUUGCCGUUAACCAGAAAAGUCUACGCCUUUUACCACGCUCCCAUUGUCAAGUUCUGGUCCAACACGCUGUUUUAUUUGGGUUUCUUGAUGCUCUACUCGUAUGUGGUCCUGGUGAAAAUGCCUGAAUGGCCUUCUGCUCAAGAGUGGGUGGUCAUCCUCUACAUCUUCACCUCUGCUAUUGAGAAAAUCCGAGAGAUGUUUAUGUCAGAAGCAGGAAAAAUAAGUCAGAAGAUUAAGGUGUGGUUUGACGACUACUUCAACGUCUCGGACUUCCUGGCCAUCAUUUCCUUUUUUAUCGGCUUUGGCUUGAGGCUGGGCGGAGGGAAAGCCUUCAUCCCAGGCAGGACGGUUUACUGUCUCAACAUCAUCUUCUGGUACGUGCGACUCCUCGAUAUCCUGGCCGUCAACCAGCAAGCGGGACCCUACGUCAUGAUGAUUGCCAAAAUGGUGGCCAACAUGUUUUACAUUGUGGUGAUCAUGGCCAUCGUCCUGCUCAGCUACGGCGUUCCCCGCCAAGCUAUCCUAUACCCAAACAAAGAGCCAAGCUGGACGUUGGCCAAAGAUGUGGUGUUCCAGCCGUACUGGAUGAUGUACGGGGAAGUGUAUGCGUAUGAAAUCGAUGGUAAGGACGAUGAGAACGGAAAGCCAGAUUACGAGGUGUGUGCCAACAACAGCGAAGUAAAGCAGCUGUGUCACGCAGGAGUGUGGCUCACUCCUCUCCUACAAGCAGUCUACCUCUUUGUACAGUACAUACUCAUGGUCAACCUCCUCAUUGCCUUCUUCAACAACGUGUACCUGCAGGUGAAGUCCAUCUCCAACCUGGUGUGGAAGUAUCAGCGCUAUCACUUUAUCAUGGCCUACCACGAGAAACCAGUCCUGCCACCCCCCUUCAUUCUCCUGUGCCAUAUCUACUCACUCUUCUGCAUGUGCAGCAAGAGAAAGAAGGAGCACACCUAUGGACCAAAGCUGUUUCUCACAGAAGAAGACCAAAAGAAGCUCCAUGACUUUGAGGAGCAAUGUGUAGAGACAUACUUUCAUGAAAAAGAUGACCAGUUUCACUCUGGGAGCGAGGAGCGCAUCCGUGUCACGUCUGAAAGGGUCGAGACCAUGUGCAUGCAGCUGAAGGAGGUUGGCAACAAGGUCAACUUCAUCAAACGUUCUUUACACACGUUGGACUCCCAGAUCGGUCACCUCCAGGACCUCUCCGCCCUAACUGUGGACACCCUGAAGACGCUGACUGCUCAGAGGGCAUCAGAGGCUAGCAAGGUCCAUAAUCGUAUCACCCGGGAGCUCAGCCUUUCCAAGAACAUGGUCCCCAGCAUUGUUCCCGUGGCAACAGACACCGGCCCCCAGUCCAAAUCUUCCGCAAUAGGCAAGCGGAGUGUGGGGGCCUACUUCGGCUCAGCUUUUUCGCAAGCUGGAGCCAACAUAGCAGACUCACUUUUUGGGAUUGGUGCUGAAGACGGGACUGAUAGUAGCCGUAGAGUCAGGCCCAGCCCCCUGCCAGGACUGGGGACAGAUCCUAAUCUGAGUCCAGAGAAGAGGGGUUUGUUUGGGCUUGGGCACCUCGCUGCAGAGGCUGGCUCCUCCAGCAGUGGUGCCCCCAGUGCCUUUGUCCAAAGUGCUGUGGCCUUUUCCCCUCCGGAGCUGCGUCUCCGGGGCCACUCCCUCACCCACAGUAAGCUGACCCGUCCACAUGAGCCGGACUGUUCCGACUCACCAUCCAGCCUGCCCAACGUGCCCUCGCGCGGGGCUCACUUCCACAUCAGCAGCACCCCCUCCCAGCCCAGCGUCUCCAGCCACCCCGAACUCGCCCUUGCUGGGCUUUACCAGCAGCCGCCCGACAGCACCAUUGUAGAGUUUGGGGCGUUUGUUGGACAUAAAGACAGCUUUGACCUCCAGCACUCUACGCCCAAAGAGACCUACAGCCCACAGCACAGCCCGGCCACACGUAACAGACAACAGGGUCAGCCUGAAGGUCAUGGUCACAUCAGAGCUGUCAACUCCUACGCUGGCUUCACUGAGUUUGACAGGAGUCCGGCUUUUCUCCAUCCCAACACGACUCUGAGCAAGAAGGACCGGAGUCGAGUGUCAGCUGAGGACAUCCUCAUCCAUGAGGAGCCGAGGUCUUCAGUGCUGGAAAGAGUUCAGGUAAAAUCAGCCCAAGCAAGCAGCCUGCAACCCCCUGGGGAGGACACAUUAAGCGCUUCUGUCUCACUCUACACACCUCGCCACACCCACCUCGGAGCCAGAAAAGACUCCAUCGGCUCACCCUUCAAGCCCAUGGAGAGCUACCAGUACUCAGCUGUUGAGCGCAACAACCUGAUGAGAUUGUCCCAAAGCAUCCCCUUCACGCCAGUGCCCCCUAGAGGAGAGCCAGUGACGGUGUACCGCCUGGAAGAGAGUUCGCCCAACACCAUCAACAACAGCAUGUCUUCCUGGGCCCAGCGUGGCCUCUGUGCCAAAAUUGAGUUUCUAAGCAAGGAGGAGAUGGGCGGCGGCCUGAGAAGGGCCCUCAAAGUCCUCUGCACCUGGUCCGAGUAUGACAUCCUCAAACCGGGACACCUGUACAUCGUCAAGUCCUUCCUCCCUGAGGUGGUCCAGACCUGGCAGAGCAUCUACAAAGACGACACUGUGUUGCACCUUUGUCUCAGGGAAAUACAACAGCAGCGAGCGGCUCAGAAAUUGACGGUCGCCUUCAACCAGAUCAGACCCAAGACUAUUCCAUACUCGCCAAGGUUCUUGGAGGUGUACCUGCUCUACUGUCACUCAGCCGGCCAGUGGUUCGCCAUCGAAGAGUGCAUCACGGGGGAGUUCAGGAAGUUCAACAACAACAACGGCGAUGAGAUUGUUCCCACCAACCUGCUAGAGGAGACCAUGCUGGCCUUCAGCCACUGGACCUACGAGUACACGCGAGGCGAACUGCUGGUGCUCGAUCUGCAGGGAGUUGGAGAGAUUCUGACAGAUCCAUCCGUGAUAAAGAGCGGCGAGAAAGGGUCAUACGACAUGAUCUUUGGCCCCGCCAACCUGGGCGACGACGCCAUUCGUAACUUCCGGGCUAAACACCACUGCAAUUCCUGCUGUCGGAAACUCAAACUUCCCGAUUUAAAGAGAAACGAAUACACACCUGAUAAGGUGACGUUCCCCCAAGAAGACCCGCCCAACCCUGGCGGCGCAGCCAAGGAGUCCCACCAAUCAAUGAAGCUGAUGCUGUGACGGCUUUUCGCGGCCGUCGAGUCUUUUCGCUGCUCUCCUCCAAUCCUCCAAUCAUAGCCAAGGAGCCAAUCAACUGGAAGAACCCCCCCGCCUGAGGCGUUUCCAUGAAAACCAGCCCAGGGCGUCAUCGCUCAUGUUAUAAAGUAUGAUGACACGAGAAGGUACACGAAUUAUUCUACAAGUUAUUAUUUAUUGCCGUUUGUUGAUGUUGCCUUGUUUUACCACACAUAUCUAUAAAAUGAAAUCAAAGUGCAUUGUAUAUCUGUUACAGCAUCGCCGCAGUCGUCAUUUUUUAUUCCUCUAAUUAUGUGCAACGCGUGUAUCCCUGCUUUUUAUCACCUUGAUGAAAUCAUGUAAGAAAGAACAAUGGGCAGAUUGCAAUGCAACUUUUACAGGACAUCGUGUGUCAUUUUUAUUGUGUUGGAAAGUGUGUCCACUCAAAAGAGUUUUAUGGUUACAAAGGUACUAUUGCAAUAUCUUUGUCUUGGCCUGUCCUGUGAGCAGAUGGCAAGCCACUGUAUCUUAUAGAUACUGCUGUCUGCAUGUACUCAUACCAAUAUUUUAUUCAGGGCACACUAAAAGGGUAUUACUGUAUACAUUUUGUACUGAACUGCAUUUUAAACUAAUAAAAUCUUUAAAGGAGCUUUGUUUGUCAUGCAUUUUUAUGGACGUUUCUAAACUGUUUUCCCAAAGGCAAUAAUACAAAUCAUCUGUUCCAUCCUUAG